AUGACUCACCGCGAUGGCGCAUCUGGCGCCUCGAACCUAUCAGGGGACGUAGAGAAGGUGCCAAACGACCGUACACCACCCGAAGCAAACAUAACACGGCCGAAGCUUCCGCCGUUGAGGCUCGUGUGUGAGAACACAGCCACGGAACUUCCUGAAAGUUUCUUGGAAAUUUUCCCCGCGAUGGUGCGGGACGUUAGUCUUCGUGGUGACAUUUGUCUCCCAUCCGUUCCUCCGUCGCAGAAGGAUGCGCUUUUUGCUCUCGCGGCCACCCAUGGCUCUGCGUGUAGUAUUGUAGUUGAUGGUGAGGGGAUGUUUCACUUGCGGAAUGGCACUUUCAAUCCGCAUUUGCAGGGGAAGCUGGCUGAAGAACUGCAUUACCUGCAGGGUGAGGGAGAACAAACUCCGGCUGAUGCCCCAGUUGUGUUACGCUGGGCUUUUAUGGAUCGUUGCAUACAUCGAGAAGUAGUGACACUGUUACAGAUCCUUGCUUACGAUAUGGGCAUCUUUUGCGGCGAGCGACUGUUUGAUGGGUCGUACAUUUACCGCGUGGAGGUUGCCCUAAGGUAUCUACCGCACUGGGAGGCGGAGCGACGCAAACUCAUUGACCCAUCUCUGGAGGGGGAUAGCGAUCCUUUCCCAAUCCCUGCAGCAGCACUACAAAAUACCCGGGUUAUGGAUGUGUAUCGGAGUUUUAUUCGGCCGUUCUUGUACGAUUGGAAUUGUAAGACAACACGGUGUGAGGUAGAUAUUCCACGGGAAGCUUCAGGGCAGGUGCCGAAGGAAGUACGACUUUUGGGCUCUUCAUUUUCAUUACGGCAUGAAGUUAGUGCGUCAGGAAUCGUCUUCUUCAGACGUUGGACGCGGCACCUUGUGCAGGUUUUCUCCAAGUAUGCGGGUGAGCUCAGGCGACAGGAUAGCAAAGGUGUCCAGAAGACACUCGCAAGGUACGGCGGCGACCUCGAUCCCGUGGACACGGAGAACAUGACCCCGCACUUUGGGCUCUUUAUCUGCUGCCUUGAGGCGCGUUACUAUAAAACGGAUUUGGCAGAGCUAGAAGAGUUUGCCCGCCGGAGUGGCUACUUUGUUUAUGUGUCAAUGGAGGGCGAUCUUGCGAUGGUACUGGCGACGGCACGACUGAGACCGGCGUUGGCGGAGAAGUACAAGCCAAUUUUUCUCCACGAGGGUGAAGAGGCACGGCGUCUAAGCCAGGCACCGCCUCAAGGAAACGCUGAGCAUUUGGGUAGUGCAAUCCAUCACACCUUAUUGCCGCAGCACACACGAACGACGGGUCGUUAUUAUGAUGGCAAUGACAAGAAGGUAUCACACAUGGACCUAAUAAGGUCUGGCGAAGGCGGAAGCAGUAGUAGUAGUAGUAGUAGUAGCAACAGCAGCAACAGCAGCAGCACUGGUAGUGGUAGUGACCACGACAGGCGCUUUACCCGGAAACUAAAACUGGACGUUCAAGAAACACGAUGGAGUAAGGGAGGGAGUUGUGCUGCCUUGGGGGGUGAACCCGAGCGCUCCGCUCCCAAGGCAGCACAACUUGCAGCUCUGACGUCGUUGACGGGAAAUAUGAAAGAUGACUAUUGGUACUCUUCUCUCACAGCGAGUAAUCUUUACGGCACAAUAGUAGGAGAGAAGCAAUGCAAUUUACCACCGGGAUGGAGUGUGCGCCGUGACUUUUCGGGAAAGCCAUGCAUCCUUGAUCACCUGCGACGUAGAGCGUAUCACAGAGACUCGCCUAUGGUAUCUAUGGAGUUUGCAGCAGGGCCGCGAGAGUUGUUUAAUGUUGCGGAUUCCCUGAUGUGA